CUUUCAUGUCGCCAACAGCUCACACAACCCGCCAGUCGGCCUCAAUAUGGGCUCAGGCUGGGAGUUAGGGGACUCAGAUGCCACUACAGUCGGUACCGAUGACGACGACCUCGACACCCCGGCCCCCUCUGCAGGGCCUGUCUCCCCUCGCCAUGUCUCUACCCCAAGCGUGUAUCCCUCCCGUCCACCGGCGAACACCCGGACUUCGAUCAAGCAGCCAUCCUCGCCUCCUGAAAUCCUAACGCCCGUCGUAAAUCUCGCUAGUGACAGCGAUAGCAACGAUGCAUCCUUCAACGAGGGCGCGGCCGCCUACGAAGAGUUCAAGAACCGGAAGUCCCUCAAGCGUAAGCGGCAGCCCACAAGUGCGCAGAAGAGCAGGGCCAAAAAGCCUCUCAAGCUCGAAACCCCCACCAACACCUUCGUCGGCCGACUCCCCAAACAGAACGCAAAGACCCAGCCAAGGCGGCCCGUGAGAGAAGAUGGCGCGGUAUAUUCUUCCGAAGAUGAGCUGAUGGAAUACACCCUCCCGGACUACUUGCAGAGGCGUCGGCAACAGUUCGACCGCCGGGCGGAACAUCUCAAGGCGUCGGGGCUGAAGCUGCCGCCCAACUACGACGAGAUCGAAUUCUCGGACGACGAGCGGCUGGAAUUCCUGCACGAAAAGCCGCGCUUUGAGCACCUGAGACCGUGCAACCAGUAUGCGGAUAUCACGCUGCCCUACUCUCUGGGGCUGAUUCCCGCCCCGAUUGCGCAGUGGCUGCGCCAGUAUCAGGUGGACGGGGCCGCCUUUCUACAUGAAUUGUUCGUGUAUCAGAAGGGCGGGAUUCUGGGGGAUGACAUGGGUCUGGGAAAGACCGUGCAGGUCAUUGCGUUUCUUACGGCAGCGUAUGGGAAAACAGGCGACGAACGAGACGCGAAGCGCAUGAGGAAAAUGCGCCGCAGUGGGCAGAACUGUUGGUAUCCGCGCACUCUUGUCGUUUGUCCGGGGACGUUGAUCAGGAAUUGGAUGUCGGAGCUUGCCCGCUGGGGUUGGUGGUCGGUCGAUGCUUACCACGGUGACAACAAGGAGCUCGCGCUCCAAGCGGCAAGGUCAGGCCGGAUUGAAAUCCUGAUCACCACUUAUAGCACCUAUCUGCACAACAAGGAUGCCGUGAACAUGGUGGAUUGGGACUGCGUCAUCGCGGACGAGUGCCAUAUCAUCAAGGAGCGCAAGUCGGAAACGACCAAAGCGAUGAACAUGGUCAACGCGCUCUGUCGCAUUGGCCUCACCGGGACAGCGAUCCAGAACAAGUACGAGGAGCUUUGGACGCUCCUGAAUUGGUGCAACCCGGGCAAACUGGGCCCUGUCACCACCUGGAAGAAGACGAUAUCAGAACCUCUCAAGCUUGGACAGUCGCACGACGCCACUGUCUACGAGCUUCGCAAGGCCCGCACCACGGCCAAGAAGCUGGUGGAGAACCUCCUGCCGCAGUUCUUCCUCCGUCGCAUGAAGACUUUGAUCGCUGACCAGUUGCCGAAGAAAGUCGACCGGGUCGUCUUCUGUCCACUGACUGAGACUCAGGCGGAAGCCUACGAGAACAUCUUGGGGAGUGACAUCGUCACCUACAUCCAGACGUCCACGGACCCUUGCCACUGCGGCUCCGGAAGGAAGUCCGGCUGGUGUUGCCGUCAGCUGCUCCCUUCUGGAAUCAAAUGGCAAAGCUAUGUUUUCCCGGCCAUCGCUGUGCUCCAAAAGCUCAGCAACCAUCUCGCGAUCCUGAUCCCGCAGGGCGGCGACCCCGCAGAGAAACAAGAGAAGGAUAAGGAGAUGCUCGAGCUGGCUGUGCCCGACCAGUGGGAGAAACUUUACCGGUCACGCGACUCGAUUGUCAACUUUGCCAAUCCAGAGUUCUGCGGCAAGUGGAAAGUGCUGCGCCAGCUGCUGAAAUGGUGGCACGCCAGCGGCGACAAGGUGCUUGUCUUCAGCCACAGCGUGCGCCUCCUCAAGAUGCUGCAGAUGCUCUUCCAUUACACCAGCUACAACGUGAGCUAUCUGGACGGCUCGAUGAGCUACGAGGACCGCACGAAGGUGGUCGACGAGUUCAACUCGGACCCGCGGCAGUUCGUCUUCCUGAUCUCCACGCGCUCCGGCGGCGUGGGCCUCAACAUCACCUCGGCCAACAAAGUGGUGAUUGUCGACCCCAACUGGAACCCGUCGCACGACCUGCAGGCGCAGGACCGCGCCUAUCGCAUCGGCCAGUCGCGCGACGUCGAGGUCUUCCGCCUGAUCUCGGUGGGCACCAUCGAGGAGAUCGUCUACGCGCGCCAGAUCUACAAGCAGCAGCAGGCCAACAUCGGGUACAACGCCAGCUCGGAACGGCGGUACUUCAAGGGCGUCCAGGAGAACAAGGACAAGAAGGGCGAGAUCUUCGGGAUGGACAACCUCUUCGCCUACCGCACCGACAACAUCGUGCUCCGCGAGAUCGUCAACAAGACCAACGUCGCCGAAAGCAAAGCCGGCGUCCAAGUCAUGGACAUCGACCUGACCCCGCCGGCCUCGGAUGCUUUCGAUGACACCACCACCCACCCCCGGGAAAAUGCAGACGACACCACCGACGCCGUCAUGAACAAACUCGCCGCCAUGAUCCGCGGCGAGACCCGUGCAACUACCACCACCACCACGACGGACAACAAAAACACCCACGUCGAUCCCAACAGCGAUCACGCAACCACCCCCAACCAAACCCCAACCCGCCACGACCCGAUCCAAGCCAUCCUCGCCAACGCCGGCGUCGAAUACACCCACCUCAACAACGAAGUCAUCGGCUCCUCCAAAAUCGAGGAACGCCUCAGCCGCCGCGCCCAACUCACCGCCGACGACCACCGCGCCCUCGACAAGCAGGUGUUCAUCGCUGCCACCAGCAACAACUCGCAACCGCAAUCGCAAUCCCAGUCCCAAUAUCACCACCACAUCCGCUACAGAUUUCACCCGCCGCAGGAGGUCAUGAAACGGCAGUUCUGUAGUAUGGCGAGAGGAUUUGGGUUCGCUAAUGCCACGGACUUCGCCCUGGUGGUUGAAGGGAUGACGCAGGAGGAGCGACGGGCGUGCUUGGAGAGGUGGUAUACGAGGCGGAGGGAGGAGCUUUGCCAAGGGGAGGGGAAGGGAAAAGAAAAGAUGGAAGAGCUGUACAAGCGGGAGGCGGAGGAGGAGGAGGAGGAGGAGAAGAAGAAGAGGGGAAAUGUAAAGGAGCUUUCCAAACGGGAAGAGGAGGAGAGGAAGGUAAAGGUGAAGGUGGAGGGGCGAAGUUUGUGAUUUACUUACCUCUCGGGGCUUGGAAGUUUCUUCUUUGGAAGUUGCUUGCUAGAUGGUUUCUUCUGCAUUUCUAGGCUUGGAUUAUAUGUACUACGAAUGGCGCUUGGGCGCAUUGCACCCAGGGUUGGAUUGGAUUAUUAUUGUGAGCAUUUUGUGGAAGUCAAUUUUCAAAGUGACACAACACGAC